AUGCCCAUUUUGAGAUUUGUUUUAAUUCUAUCGAGUUUAGUCAUACACCUAAGCGAAGAAUCGCUAGGAUUCCCCGAAAACAAUUUUUUGUAUAGAAGAAUCUCGACAAUUUUUAACAAAAACAAAAUAAUAAAGCCAAAAUUUAUAAACAAGGAAGGGGUAAUAGAUAGAAAAGGACCAGUUGCUGGAAAAAAAACUUUCUUUUUGACAAAUAAUAGUAAAAACAGUAAUACAACAAUAAAACCAACUAGAUUUUAUUCACAACUCUUAUCCUUACCAAAUUCAGGUGUGGCACAUUUAGUGAUAAGCCAGUUGCUGUAUUUGGACUACGAUUCACAAGAUAAGCCAAUAAAAAUAUAUAUAAAUUCUGAUAACGAACGCUCCAAUGAGGAUGGGAUUUCCACAUCUGAAAUCGAUGCACUGAAUAUAGUCGAUGUUAUGAAUUAUUUGAAAAACGAAGUUAUAACAAUAAACCUCGGAAAGGCAUAUGGUCCUGCAGCACUUAUUUUGGCAUCAGGAACACCAGGGAAGAGAUAUGUUCUUCCAAGAUCGUAUACACUGCUGAGACAGUCGCCCACAACUUUAUCGUUCAGGCAGGCUGAAGAUAUCGCUAUAUAUUCGAGGGAGAUUUUAAAGGCGAGGAGGUCAGUGAUCAAGGUUUUUUCAAAAGCCUGUAACAAGUCAGAGGAGGAAAUUUUAGAGAAAAUAAACGUCGGAGAUUACAUGGGCUCGCAGGAGACUGUUAAUUUUGGACUAGCAGAUAAAAUCCUAGAAAACAUCAACUAG